AUGGCAGAACCGGGAUCUGGGCUGCCUUCUGGUCUUGCGGCCCCCACGUUCCUACCGUGGCUAACAGGACUAGUAGCUGGAAUGGUCUUCCUGAGCUUCUUGCAGAAACUCCUGUACCCUUACUUCUGGAGUGACCUCUGGUACCUGCUGAAGGUGGUUCGCUGUGGACUUUGGACAGGAAAGCACAGACAGAAAGGGGAGCUAGUCACUGUCCUGGAUAAAUUCCUGAUCCAGGCCAAGAAGCGGCCGCAGAAACCUUUCAUCAUCUACGAGGGAGACACCUACACCUAUGAGGAUGUGGACAGGAGAAGUAAUAAAGUGGCCCAUGUCUUCCUGAACCAUUCCCUGCUGAAAAGGGGUGAUACUGUGGCUUUGCUGAUGAGCAACGAACCAGAUUUUAUUCACGUAUGGUUUGGCCUGGCCAAGCUGGGCUGCGUGGUGGCCUUCCUCAACUCCAACGUUCGAUCGGUCUCCCUCCUGCAUUGCAUCCGCAGCUGUGAGCCCAGGGUCCUCGUGGUGGGUGCAGAUUUUCUAGAAACUAUAGAAGACAUUCUUCCAAGCCUCCCGGAAGGUAUCAGCGUUUGGGCAAUGAAAGACUCUGUCCCACAAGGCAUAACUUCACUCAAAGAAAAACUGAGCACAGCAACUGAUUGUCGGGUGCCACGCAGCCACCAUGCUAUCUCAAACACCAAGUCUCCUUAUCUUUAUAUUUUUACUUCUGGAACAACAGGUCUACCAAAAGCAGCUAUGAUUUGUCAUCUGGCAGCUAUAAACAGUUCUAUUGGAUUAUGGGCUUUUGGUUGUACUUCUGAUGACAUCAUUUAUAUGACUCUUCCUCUGUAUCAUAGUGCAGCAUCUCUUCUCGGGAUUGGUGGAUGUAUUGAAUUAGGUGCCACUUGUGUGUUAAGGAAGAAAUUCUCAGCAAGCCAGUUUUGGAAUGACUGCAGAAAGUAUAAUGUGACUGUGUUUCAGUACAUUGGAGAACUUUGUCGCUACCUUUGCAAACAACCUAAGAGAGAAGGAGAAAAGGAUCAUCGGGUGCGUUUGGCAAUUGGAAAUGGAGCACGCAGUGAUGUAUGGAGAGAAUUCUUAGACAGAUUUGGAAAUAUUAAGAUAUGUGAGUUUUAUGGAGCUACUGAAGGAAACAUUAGCUUCAUGAAUCACACUGGGAAAAUUGGAUCAGUCGGGAGAGUGAAUUUCUUCCACAAACUUUUUUUCACUUUUCACUUGAUAAAGUAUGAUUUUCAGAAAGAUGAACCCAUUAGAGAUGAGCAAGGCUGGUGCUGUGAUGUGAAAAAAGGGGAACCUGGACUUCUCAUUUCUCAAGUGAAUGAAAAGAAUCCCUUCUUUGGCUAUGCUGGGAAUAAGAAGCAGACAGAAAAGAAAUUGCUUUGUGAUGUUUUUAAGAAGGGAGAUGUUUACUUUAACACAGGAGAUUUAAUGGUCCAAGACCAGGAGAAUUUCCUUUAUUUCUGGGACCGGAUUGGAGACACUUUCAGGUGGAAAGGGGAAAAUGUAGCAACCACAGAGGUUGGUGCUAUCAUUGGAAUGCUGGAUUUCAUACAGGAAGCAAAUGUCUAUGGUGUGGUUGUGCCAGGUUAUGAAGGAAAAGCAGGAAUGGCUUCUAUUACUUUAAAACCAAACAAGUCUUCAGACUUGGAAAAAGUUUAUGAGCAAGUUGUUACAUUUUUACCAGCUUAUGCCCGUCCACAAUUUUUAAGAAUGCAGGAAAAGAUGGAAGCAACAGGAACAUUCAAACUACAGAAGUUUAAGUUGGUGGAAGAAGGAUUUAGUCCAUUGAAAAUUUCUGACCCACUUUACUUCAUGGAUAACUUGAAAAAAUCAUAUGUUCCCUUGACCAAAGAAAUUUAUGAUCAGAUAGUAUUAGGGAAGAUUAAACUUUAA